AAGCUUUCACCCUGACAAACAGGCACCAUGAAGCUGGAGCAGCAUCUCUCCGUUUGUGUCCUGCUGCUUCUUUAUGGGACACAAAGCACAAAUGGAGGAAACAUUUUGGUGUGGUACACUGAAGGCAGCCACUGGAUUAACAUGAAACCUGUGCUGGAGACACUGGUCGACAGGGGACACCAGGUGACGGUUCUGGUCCCGAGCACAUCCAUGUUCAUGAACUCCAGCGAGCCUUCACGCUUUGGCUACGAACCCUUUAAUGUCUCUUUUUCAAUGGAGACCAUAGAGGAGUUUUUUGAGGAGUACCUUCACUUCUCCAUGUAUGAGAUGGAUCAUAUGAACUACUUGCAGAUUUACAUCAGAUACAUGGAUCUGAUGAAGGUCGAUAUACAGUUUACUUUGAAGUAUCUGGACGGCGUGCUGAAAUCAGAGACCAUCAUGAAGAAGCUGAAAGAGGGAAAAUAUGACCUUCUCCUGUCUGACCCCGUCUACCCAGGUAGUGACUUGGUAGCAGAUAUUUUGGGGAUCCCCCUGGUCUUCUCCUUCCGCUUUUCCCUCGCUCAUAACUGGGAGAGGUAUUGUGGUCAGCUACCUGCUCCUCCUUCCUUUGUCCCUGGAGCUAUGAGCAAACUGACUGACAAGAUGAACUUUUCAGAGAGAGUGUGGAACUUCCUCUUCUACGCUUUACAGGAUGUCGUGACCGAUUACAUUUAUUGGCAAGAAUUAGAUAAAUAUUACUCCGAAGUCAAAGGAGCACCCAUCAGUGCCUGUGAGAUGAUGGGUAGAGCAGACAUGUGGUUGAUGAGAACCUACUGGGAUUUUGAUUUCCCUCGUCCUUUCCUCCCUAACUUCAAAUUCGUUGGUGGGAUCCACUGCAGACCUGCUAAACCUUUACCAGAGGAUAUGGAGGAGUUUGUGCAGAGUUCUGGAGACGCUGGCAUUGUGGUCUUCACUUUGGGAUCAUUCAUCAAGAACAUCACCGCAGAGAAAGGAAACAUGAUAGCCUCAGCUCUCGCUCAGAUCCCACAAAAGGUGCUGUGGAGAUACGGUGGAGAAAAACCAGCGACUCUCGGUGCCAACACCAGAAUAUAUGACUGGAUUCCUCAAAACGAUCUACUGGGUCACCCCAAGACCAGAGCUUUCAUCACCCAUGGUGGCACAAAUGGGAUUUAUGAGGCCAUUUAUCACGGCGUUCCCAUGGUGGGCCUCCCCAUGUUUGCUGACCAGCCAGAUAAUAUGGUCCAUAUGAAGGCUAAGGGAGCUGCAGUUAUUGCAGACUUGAACUUCAUGAAGACUGAGGACCUUAGAGAUGCAUUCAAUGCUGUCAUCAAUGACAAAUCGUACAAGGAGAAUGUCAUGCAGCUGUCCCGUAUCUUCCAUGACAGACCAGUGAGUCCUCGGGAUGAGGCGGUAUUCUGGAUCGAGUUUACCAUGAGAAAUAAAGGGGCAGAGCACCUGAGGGUUCAGGCCCAUGAGCUCACCUGGUACCAGUAUCACAACCUGGAUGUCCUAGCCUUCCUCCUCACCAUUGUGCUGCUUCUUGUGUUCCUCUUCAUCAAGACCUGCAGUUUCUGCUUCCGGAGGUGCUGCGGCAGAAAGGGACAGAUGAAGAGAAAAGCUGAGUGAUUGACUGAGUGAAAUGUAACUGACAAUAAAGUGAUGACUGAAAAAAAAAA